CCUCGAGUUCUGCAGGCUCCAAUCUGAGCUGGGAGAUCGGGUUGCGUGCGCUCUUGUAGCUUCACCCGGAAGCUGAUGGCUUGAGCGAGGAGCGCCAAGGCGCGAAUAUGAACCCUUUAACCAAGGUGAAGCUGAUCAACGAACUGAACGAGCGAGAGGUUCAGCUCGGGGUGGCAGAAAAGGUGUCUUGGCACUCGGAAUACAAGGACAGCGCCUGGAUUUUUCUUGGAGGGCUUCCUUAUGAACUGACAGAAGGAGACAUCAUCUGUGUGUUCUCACAAUAUGGGGAGAUUGUCAACAUUAAUCUUGUGAGAGACAAGAAACCUGGGAAAUCCAAUCAAUUCUGUUUCCUGUGCUAUGAAGAUCAGAGGAGCACAGUUCUGGCUGUUGACAAUUUUAAUGGAAUUAAGAUCAAAGGAAGGACUAUCCGCGUGGACCAUGUGUCAAACUACCGGGCUCCUCAGGAAUCAGAAGAUGUGGAUGACGUGACCAGAGACCAGGAGAAGGGCUGUGGUGCUAAUAUGCCUCCAUUAAGUUCUCCUGAGGUCUCUGAAGAUGAAGAUGGCAAACCCACAAAAAAGCACAAAAAAGACAAAAAAGAGAAAAAGAAAAAGAAAGAAAAAGAGAAGACUGAACGCAGGGAACUAGCAGAACCGCCUUCCUGCUCUUUGUCCUCCAGCAGCAAGACAGCAAAGGAAAAGGAUGACCAUGGCCCAAAGAAGCACAGCAGCAAGAACUCAGAGAAAGCCCAGAAGUCUGAAUCCAGAGAGGGAAAGAAGAACCAACCAGACUCCCCUGAUGUCAGGAGUUCCUUCCAUGGUAGAGCAGAGGAUCCUGAGUGGGAGCCAAAGAAAGAGAAACCCAAGCACGAGUAUAAGUCCUCGAGCAGGAGGGAGGGAGAAGAAAAGAAUAGAAAUAAGGAUAGAGGGAGGAGCUCAGGUGCUGCUUUUUCCAGCAGGCAUGGUGGGCACUCUGAAGGGCGGAGUCAUAGAAGCAGAAGUAGGAGUCCGGAUAAGUCCCAUAGGCAUAAAAAGCAUAGGCACUCCCGGGAGCGGGAGUCCUUCCAUGCCAGUGACCGUAGACAUUACUGAAGCCUGUGCCAUCAAAAUUAAGAAUUUUCUUGUAUAAAUAUCAGAUUCUCUUUGUUGUUGAUAUUCCUCUAUAUAAAGUUUUGCAGACUGAAUUUUUUCAAUCCCUUACAUGGCAGACUUGCUCAGAAGGCUUUAGUUUCAAUAGCUAGAUACCUUGGAUUUUAAAACUACACCAACACCAUCCACUGUCCCUCGAAAAUAGUUGGCACUGGCCAGAGUAUGUGGCUAAAAUUUGGUUUAUAGACUUGGCCCUUAAACCCAUAGACCUGAUUUGUGAUUGCUAGCAAAGGCAAAGAAGGCAAUGCUGAGUUCUGGUCUUCAUGUUAGACAUUUAGAGCCCAGUACUGUAGGACCUUACAGAUGGCAGGCACAAUUGCAGAGAGCUGCAGCUUCUGAGGUUUGGACAGCUUAAUGUGGAUGUGAUAGGAUUCUUAAGACCAGCCAGUUCCCUCCCCAUUACAUCUCUUUUCUGUUUGCAGGGAUGGAACCCAGGGUUUGUACAUGCUAGAGAAGUGAGUCAGCUAUAUCCCAGUUCUCUUUAUUUUGUUUGUGGCUUUUAAUGGUUACAUUAUCUCUUUAUGCAUUUUUUCUUUGUAACUUAUUUAUUUGUAUUGAGAUAAAUACAUAUAAAAUAAAAGUAACAAUUUUAAGCAA